AUGCGCCUGUCGCCGAGGGAGAUCGAUAAGCUCGCGCUUCACGCCGCGGGCUCACUCGCGCAAAAGCGCCUCGCCCGCGGGCUGCGACUCAACCACCCGGAGGCGUGCGCCCUCGUCGCGUCCGUCCUCCUCGAGCUCAUCCGCGACGGCCGCGACGGGGAAAACCUCGGCGUCGCCGCGCUCAUGGACGCGGGGCGACGCAUGCUCGGCAAGAGACACGUGCUCCCGGGCGUCGCGGACGUCCUUCACGAGGUUCAGGUGGAGGGGACGUUCGUGGACGGCACCAAGCUCGUCACCGUGCACGACCCGAUCGCCACCGACGACGGAGACCUUUCGCUCGCCCUGUACGGCUCCUUCCUGCCGACGCCGAAGAAGGACGCCUUCCCUCCGCUGCCGGGAGAGGACAAGACCGCUGCCGGGAAGAAGGGCGGCAAGAAGCGCAAGGCGGGCGACAAAGCCGACCCCGAGCCCGACCGUCCGGGCAUCUUGCUCAAGGUGACCAACACCGGGGACAGGCCCAUCCAGGUGGGUUCGCACUUCCACUUCAUCGAGACGAACGGGCUGCUCUCGUUCGAUCGCGCGGCGAGUCUCGGCAGGCGGCUCAACGUACCCGCGGGAACAGCCGUGCGAUUCGAACCGGGCGAGAGCAAGGAGGUCCCGCUGGUGCCCAUCGCGGGUAACAGGAUCGUUCGAGGCGGGAACAACAUCGUCGACGGACCCGCGGACGCGCCGGACGCGCUCGAAAAGGCCAUGGCGCGCGUCGCAUCGGGCGGGUUCCUUCACGUCGCGGGAGGUCCGGAGUACCCACCCGCGCCGCCGCUCACGAUCCCGCGGGCCAAGUACGCCGCCAUGUACGGCCCCACCAUCGGCGACCAGGUUCGGUUAGGGGACACGAACCUCUGGCUCACCGUGGAGAAGGACAUGACCGUGUACGGCGACGAGUGCAAGUUUGGAGGCGGCAAGACUUUGCGCGAGGGCAUGGGUCAGCAGUGCGGCGUCGACGCGUCUGCCGUCCUCGACACGGUCAUCACGAACGCGCUCAUCGUCGACUACACCGGCAUAUACAAAGCGGACGUGGGCAUCAAGGACGGCAUGAUCGUCGGCAUCGGCAAGGCUGGUAACCCCGACGUUAUGGACGGCGUGACCCCCGGAAUGGUUGUCGGCGUCAACACCGAGGCUAUCGCCGGCGAGGGCAGCAUCCUCACCGCCGGCGGGCUGGACACCCACAUCCACUUCAUCUGCCCGCAGAUCGCAACCGAGGCGAUCGCCGCGGGUCUCACCACCCUACUCGGCGGCGGGACCGGACCCGCGUCGGGCACCUGCGCCACGACGUGCACGCCGUCCCCUAACCACCUGAAGAUGAUGCUCCAAACUUCGGACACGUUACCGCUCAACUUUGCGUUCACCGGCAAGGGAAACACCGCCAAACCGGAGGGUCUGCAGGACAUCAUCGACGCCGGUGCGGUCGGCAUGAAACUCCACGAGGACUGGGGCACCACACCCGCCGCGAUUGACAACUGCCUCUCCGUCGCCGAGGCGAACGACGUCGCCGUGACCAUCCACACCGACACCCUGAACGAGUCGUGCUGCGUUGAAAAAUCUGUCGAGGCUUUCAAAGGGCGGACCAUUCACACCUACCACAGCGAGGGCGCGGGCGGCGGACACGCCCCGGACAUCAUCAAGAUCUGCGGCGAGAAGGAGGUCCUCCCGUCGUCCACGAACCCGACGCGACCGUACACCAAGAACACCGUCGACGAGCAUCUCGACAUGCUCAUGGUGUGUCACCACCUCGACAAGUCCAUCGCGGAAGACGUCGCCUUCGCCGAGUCGCGAAUCCGCGCCGAGACCAUCGCCGCGGAGGAUAUCCUCCACGACAUGGGCGCCAUCAGCAUCAUGUCGUCGGACUCGCAGGCCAUGGGCCGAGUCGGCGAGGUGAUCACCCGCACGUGGCAAACCGCCGCCAAGAUGAAGUCGCAGCGCGGCAUCCUCAAAGAGGACGGCGUCACGGAUAACUUCCGCAUCAAGCGAUACAUCGCAAAGUACACCAUCAACCCCGCGGUGGCGCACGGGAUGUCGCACGUCGUCGGCAGCGUGGAAGUCGGCAAGCUCGCGGACUUGUGCCUCUGGAAACCCGCGUUUUUCGGGUCCAAGCCCGAGAUUGUCAUCAAGGGCGGUCAGAUCGCGUGGGCUCAGAUGGGCGACCCCAACGCGUCCAUUCCCACCCCGGAGCCCGUCAUCAUGCGUCCCAUGUGGGCGGCGCACAAGCCGGGCACCACGUGCGUCGCCUUCGUGUCUAAGUCGUGCGUCGACAAGGGCAUCGCCCAGUCCUACGGACUGUCCAAGCGGGUCAUGCCCGUCCAGAAGUGCCGAGGUCUGACCAAGCUGGACAUGCGUCACAACGACGCGCUUCCCGUCAUCACUGUGGACCCUGAGACGUACCAGGUGACCGCCGACGGGGAAAAGCUGGAGUGCGACCCCGCAACGUCGCUGCCUCUUACGCAGGUGUACCAGCUCUUCUAA